AUGGCCCGCACCAAGCAGACAGCGCGCAAAUCGACUGGCGGAAAAGCUCCUCGCAAACAGUUGGCGACCAAAGCGGCGCGGAAGAGCGCUCCUGCCACCGGCGGAGUGAAGAAGCCUCAUCGCUACCGGCCCGGCACCGUGGCUCUGAGGGAGAUCCGGCGCUACCAGAAAUCCACCGAGCUGCUCAUCCGCAAACUUCCCUUCCAGCGCCUGGUCCGGGAGAUCGCUCAGGACUUCAAAACCGAUCUGCGUUUCCAGAGCUCGGCCGUCAUGGCCCUGCAGGAGGCAAGUGAGGCUUACCUGGUCGGGCUCUUUGAGGACACUAACCUGUGCGCCAUCCACGCCAAGCGAGUCACCAUUAUGCCCAAGGACAUCCAGUUGGCCCGCCGCAUCCGCGGGGAGCGCGCCUAAGCCCAGCCUACACUCCGAACACCAGAAAAGGCUCUUUUAAGAGCCACUACCACGGCAAAGGAAAGGGCUGUAGCUUGCUCAUCAUUAUUGUAGUUGCGAUCUGCCCUGCCGAUCGAUUUUGCGCUAAUUGACCCGGAGCAUCAGUUCUGGGGUCAGCUGAGCAUCAGCGAGGGGUAGGAGAUAAUAGACAAUGGACAGUAGGUGCAGGAGUAGGUCAUUCGGCCCUUCUAGCCAGCACCGCCAUUCACUGUGAUCAUGGUUGAUCAUAUACAAUCAGUACCCGGUUCCUACCCUCUCCCCAUACCCCUUGACCCCGCUGUCUAUAAGAGCUCCAUCUAACACUCUUGAAUGCAUCCAGAGAUUGAACGCUUCCCUCCCUGUCAGGGUCUCAUCUGGCCCUUCACUUCUCUCACAAACCUGUUAUGUACAGCUGGUGCGGCUGUUACCGUU